AUGUUAAAAGGUCUUGGUACUUCGAAUAAUGGCGCUCCCUUCGCUGCCCCUCGAGCUCCUGAAGAUCGAUUCGCCGAGGAAGAGAAUUCCACAAUGAAUUUUUAUCCAGCUCCACCUGUCGUCCAGGCCGAAAUAUUUGUCCGGAUCCCGGACAGUCUGCGAUGUACAGGCCAGCCGACUGACUGGAGAGGCGGAUCGGCAUUGCCGACGUCAGACAUCUUCCUUGAAGGGCCAACACACCUGAAUAAUGGAGAUCUCUACGUGACAGACAUUCCUUACGGUCGGAUCUUGAAGAUAAAUGAACAGAAACAGGUGACGGAAUGUGUGCGGUAUGAUGGUGAGCCGAACGGACUUGUUGUACGAAGAGAUGGGCUUAUGAUUGUGGCCGACUACAAGCAAGGUCUUCUUCUUUUUGAUCCUAUCGCAAAGACUAUAUCUCCUUUCAUGACUCGGCGCAACCUCGAGAGAUUCAAAGGCCUCAACGAUCUGAUUAUCUCAUCCAAGAACGAAAUAUACUUCACAGACCAAGGACAAACCGGCAUGACUGACCAAACUGGUCGCGUGUAUCGGCUUUCUCCCGAUGGGAAACUCGACUGUCUCGUGGAUAACGGAAUAUCUCCUAACGGAAUCGCGCUAUCCCCGGACGAGCGAUUCUUGUACGUGGCCAUGACCCGCUCCAAUGCGGUCUGGAGACUACCCCUCAAUGCAGAUGGUGGCACCACUAAAGCAGGGCUUUUCUUCCAGUCUUUUGGGUGCGCUGGCCCAGAUGGACUUCUCGUGGACGAGGAAGGGAGUCUUUUCAUUUGUCAUCCUAGUCUAGGAUCAGUCUUUGUGGUUGAUGCUGAUGGUUUUCCCAAGGCUAGGAUUGUCAGUGCACCCGGGGGAGGGAAAAACUUGACCAACUGUACAUUCGGUGGGGAGGAUGGGAGAACAAUUUUUAUUACAGAUAGUAUGAAGGGAAAUAUCCAGUACGUGAGGUGGCACUGCGGAGGUGCUGUAAAGUCUUAA